GGGGUGGAGUGGAGUCCCGGCAUCGGCACGGCACGGGAAGGGAACGGGACGGACGGGCACUGAAGCAGUGCACCGCGCCCGAAACCAAAACCACGACGUCGGGGUGGCAAAACUUUUCUGUCUGCCUUCCAGUGCCGGAUUUAAAGGAAUACAGUGGACUGCUCUGGCCUCUCCGGCCGUGUCGGUGGUGAUUUUGCUCCAGGUGCUCUAGUUCCGGACAUCGUGACACUGCAGACACUGCACAGAAAUGGAUUUCUUGUCGUCUGCUAUCCCUUCGCUGGACUCGGAUUUUCUACCCCGCUGGUACUUGGCAGCGUUCGUCGUCUCCGGUUAUGUCAUCUACUACAUUUGCGAAGUUGCGAAGGUUCCUCAAUUAGCUUGCGCACCUGGAGAGUUUCGUUCUUUCCUGGAGCAGAAGGUUCCUAUUCUCAAAGAGCGAUUCUGGCCAACAAUCUGGUGCAUUGAAUCUCGAGCUCAAACAGUUUUAGCAAAUGUAUUUCGAGAACGACUAAUGAAACAAGUUCAUUAUCGAAGGGAGGUUUUGGAUUUGCCUGAUGGAGGACAACUGGCUCUUGAUUGGUUAGAAGACAACUGCACAGAAAAUUCCCCUAUCCUUCUCAUUUUACCUGGUCUCACUGGAUCCAGCCAAGCUGAAUACAUAAGAUGCCUUGUCCAAGCUGUAAACCGCAGUGGGUUUAGAACUGUUGUUUUCAACAACCGCGGACUUGGUGGUGUUGUUCUCAAGACACCCAGGCUUUACAAUGCCUGCAAUGGUGAAGAUCUUGCAGAAGCUAUAAAACUCAUCAAAGCAAAGAAUCCAAAUGUUCCUCUGGCAGCUACAGGAAUUUCCAUGGGCGGGUUGGUUUUGGGUAAUUAUAUUUCAAGAAGAGGAAAGUCUGUCAGAUCCGAACUGGCUGCGGCAAUGUUGAUAUCCGUACCAUGGGAUUUAUUCAAAGCUUGCGAAAGCAUUGAAAAGCCUGGUUUGAACAUGAUGCUCAACAAGCACUUGGCUGAUCUAUUAUGCCAAACACUGAAAAAGCAAAAUCAUUUGGAUUGGGGUAAUCUUGAUGAUACUUUUAAGAGCCGUACCAUUCGCGAAUUUGACAGUAAAUUCACUUGCAAGGCUUUUGGAUACUCGGAUACUAAUGAAUACUACUCAGAUGCUACCCUUCACACAAAGUUGCACCAGUUUCAAAUCCCAACGCUUUGCCUCAGCGCAGCUGAUGAUCCAUUUCAACCUCUUGAUGCCAUACCAGUAGAUGAGUUCAACAAAUGCAAAAACAUAGCAGCAGUUGUGACUGCUAGGGGAGGACACAUUGGAUUCAUGGAAGGUUUCCUACCCUCCUCUUACCGAGGUAAAGAUGAUUAUAUGGAUAGAAUUCUGUGUCAGUACUUCAGUGCCAUAUUUCGGGAUGGAGGAAAAAUCAUGGCUAAACUGGAUGGUUGAACAAGGGAGGCCAUCCCAUUUUAUCUACAUAAUAUGGGCACAAUUUAUUUCCCUCCUUGUGCUUGUUGCACCCUCAUUGUCGUCCAAGAAAGUUAGGGACGGUAAAUUAUUAGUCUGCCUUUUCAAAUCCUUAACCAAAUAGUCACUCUGAAAGCGGGUAUAAAAAAGAGCACAGACAUUAUUACAGUAAUAACAAAAACCAAUGUGCUUUAUAGUUCACAGUUGUUACCCUACAGUAUUAUUAGGUGAAGGCAUUUGUGUUGUAGUUAUGUCUACCCAGAGCCAACUUAAAUAAAUUCUGGACUAUGAAUGUCAUCUCAUGGUUGGUAAAAAUUCUGUAGAAAGUGGGUCUAAAUUUUAGAGAAAGUUCACCUUUAGGUACGCACAACUCUUCUCAGUCUUGUCAACAAGAAAAAUUAAGACUACUAUUUUUAAUUAAAAACUCUUGUGUACAUUUAAAAAAAUUUAAGUACUUGACCACAGCUGUUGGAGUGCUGAGUGUCUUGUAUGUAAUACUUUAAGUUAUUGUUAGUAAAGAUACCUAGAUUUUCUGUGUUAAUUAGUUUUAGAAAACUUUAAAAUUAAAACACUAAUGAGGCUGAUUAAUAUUUUAAGUAACAUCCACCAUAUUUUAGCAGAAAUAGUUUUAGUAAACUGAAAAUCUGUCUUCUACUUACCUUUAUCUUCCACUCUUAACGUUAUCAAUACUGUCUUGCUGAUAGCCCUUUUAUCAUUGUAUAAUAUUUUGUAUUGUUGCUAUUUCAACAUUGUAUUCCAUAUGCUUUUCACAACUUUUGAAAUAUAAAUGGAUAUUUGCUCAAGCAGCUCAA